AUGCUUCUACUCCUUAAAAAGUUGCAGGUCUGGCUUUUCUUCCAGCCUUUCCAACACAACCCCACACCAAGGCCACCACGGCUAGUGUCCACUCAGCUGAUCCGACAGCCCGUGCAGGUGGAGGCCACGUCGGCCCGAGCGGGCAGACCCCGGCCCUCACCGGCGCGCCGCAGGGCGGCCCAGGCCCACUCCGGCUACCGCCCGGCCCCUCCGCGACCCCCGGCUCCCGCCCCUCAGGAGCCGCGUGCGGAGUACGGCGCGGCGGUUUCCACAAGCGGAGACACUGCAGCCGCAGCAGCCAUCUUGGCACAUCCGGCUCCGGUCCCCGCGGCCACCGCGUCGCCGACGUGUCCGGCAGCGACGGAGAAAAGGCAGGUGAAGAAGCAGCCAGCCUGGCCCGGCGCACUCACCUCACCCGCCUGGCAAGGGUAGGGAAGGGCAGCAGCCUGCCCCGCUUGCCCCGGCGCCUUCCGGAGGGCGGGAAGGGUGGCGCGUGUGCCUGCGCAGGUACACAUCGCGCAGCCGCUGAGCUCCCAGCCGCAGCGGCUGCUGUGCUCUGGCCUGUCGGGAGUAGGAGGGUGGUCACUGAUGGGACCCAGAAGCUUGGGAAGAAGGAAGGAGUGUGGUUCUUCUCUUUGUUUGCCGUGAUGCUGGCAAGGGAGCGGCCACGCUGUCAGAGCCCCGGGCGGGCGCAGGGAGAGUUUCAGCCCAUCUGACGUGCCACUUUGCUAAGCUAACAUUUGCCUUGCAGAAAUCGAGUUCCCAGCCUGUGUCAACAGAGUUAGGGAACAUGCAGUAGAAUGCACCCUGGGCCCCACCACUCGGUCCCCUUCUUCCUGGUGGUCACUGUGUUCUGCAGACACUUGGUCCCAGCAAAUCAUCCUGCAGAGAGAUGUGUCGCUGGUACCCACCCCCACCCCCCAGCCCGGGAAGUUCAAAGAGCUCAAGAGCUCGAGCCCAGACCUUCCUCUCUGGUGGCCUGAGGGGCCCUGUGGUCAGCCCCAGUGGGCUCCGACUUGAAGACAAAGCAGCAGAAAGCAACUUGCCCAGGGCAAAUUGGAGACCUCCGGGCCCUGGGGGGUUGUUAAAGGGGCAGCACGUGUGGUGACUUUAAGGAAAGCUGUGAUUAGCAAAGGUGACCUGCAAGGGCCUGGGGCUUUUUUUCCCCUCCCCUCCUCCCUCCCGCUAAGCUGUGUGUGGAGACCCUCUCAGGUUCUGUCUGUCGCUAAGCUGUGUGUGGAGACCCUCUCAGGUUCUGUCUGUAGGCUGGUGUGCAGGAGAGGGCUCCGGGGCCCGCAGCUGAGCCAUCAAGCCUCUGGGCCAUGGAGACGGGGCUCAGAGUCAAAGACCAUCUGCUUUGAGACCCAGCCUGCUACCCAGAUGCUGUGUGCCCUUUGUCACCUUCCUUAACCUCGUCAGCCUGGGGUUUACGCAGGGUGAGCACCUGGACAUUUUGGGGACUGAGAGAGGGUGCUGUUGACGCAUGUGCUGGAUCAACAGGUGUGAGCUGGGGCUGUCAGGGCAAACUGGGACGCGGGGGCCAUGCCGAGGAGGUGCACCGCCACGACAGCCAUCACUAGUCUUGAUUAGGCACCCUUCCUUUUGCCUGCAAUGUCCACUCCUCUCUCCUUUCUCCCAGCCUCUCCCCUGGCUCGUACUUGGAGGCUGGAUACAAAUGUCACCACCUCCCUGAAGCCCCCACUGGGUGGGCUGGAAUCGGCCGCUCUUUCCUGGGGGAAAUGUAGCUCCUCAUGCCAAGCUCCGUAGUCACAUGAGCUGUAGUCACGUUGCCCAGAACGCACGGGACACAGAACUGCUGUGGGCAGAGGGACAACGGGCAGAGGCGGUGCCAGAGAACCGGGCUGUCUCGUCAUCAUUACGGCACUUGGUCACAUUGUGUUCAGUAUUGUGACAGUCAGCCUCUCCCACUAGCCUGUACCUUCCAGGGUACUGGUCCAACCCAAGAUGCGCUCUGAGCGCAGAGUCCACGCCACGGGGCCGAGGCUGUGAGGUAGCUCAGUGAGAGCCUUGCCUGUUGAAAUGAUAUUUUGGAUCUACUGGGUUAAAUAAAAUAUACUAUAA